AUGGUGGCCGUAUUUGUUGCUGAGCUCAUCAUGGCUUCAAAGCAGACAGGACAAGCCGUUCAAACCCAGCCUAGUGUUCAACCUAUGAUUGGACCCUCAUCUGAGUUCCUCAUAUCGUUUGGAGCACGCUUCGUUCCUUGUAUGCGCAAGGUACCGGACCUUCCAACUACCAACAUGCUCCCCUGCCUGAAAUAUUCGACAUCCAAGCUGCAAUCCUUUACAAAGGAUCAACUUUGCUCAUUAGCAGAAAUAUGUGGUCUGCCGGAUGCUGAAGACCCGAAUCAAGGAUACCGAUUCGUGUCGGCCAUCCUGGUUGGUACGCCCAUCUAUGCCAUUGUUUUCAUGGCUGGAGGUAUUGGUGGCAACUUAUUAGGCGGGAACUUUGGCUUGAUUGGUCAACCGUCGCUCGGUGCGUCUGGUGCGGAAAUGAAUGCCAAGACGCGGCUCUUUAUGUCCGUGCUAUUUACUAUUAUUGGUUUGGCCCUUGGACUACUUCCGGGCAUCGACAACUUUUCGCAUAUUGGCGGCUUUUGCGUUGGCAUAUUGAGUGGCAUGGUAUUUGCGCCCUCCAUUCAUGCAACACGAUCACAUAUGGUGGUAAUUUGGGUGUACCGUGCCAUUGGGGGAGGUCUCCUUAUCGCCUACUUUUUAGCCCUUGUGCUGAAUUUUUACCGCAGCGAAAAUCCCGUUGACACUUGUCGCUGGUGCCGCUAUUUAUCAUGUCUUCCUAACUUCGAUGCAUGCAAAGGCACAGGUACGUCUUCGCUACGCUAA